AUAAUCAGAUUGAUGAUGACAACGAUGAACAGUCCCAAGUUGGAAGUGCAGUGGUCCCCAGUGCAUCACAACAAAUUUAUAACAUGGGGAACUGAGAUUUGUCUGUAUGAAGUUGGACAGAUCAAAGAUAUCGUUCGAUCGUCAUGCAAACGAAUUUCUGAAAAAACAGUGGCUCAUCAGCUGGCGACAAAUUCGAGUCAUCCUUACGUGCGGUGUGUGGAUAUAUAUCCUCAACCAGAGCCGGAUAUUCUCUUAGCAGUUGGUCUUGCCAACGGUAAAGUAGUCCUGACGACCUUCGGACCAACAGCCUUCGACGCCCUAGGCCUCACAGGAAAAGAGUUGCCCCCAAAACACGCACGCCAGUGCAACGCCGUCUCCUGGAACCCCUCGGACCCAAACCUACUGCUCUGUGGUCUUGACAAAUACCGAACGGAUCACUCAAUCCUCCUGUGGGACGUCGUCAGAAGCCAGAACAUCACGUCAUCAGGUCUUGACCGUCAGUCUCUCCACCACCACACAACAGUCAGUCAAUCCGAGCACAACACCACCCUGAAACCCCUAGCCGAGGCCGGUGUCUCCGAGACAACCCACUCCCUCAGUUGGUUCCCCAAUGACUCCAGAUGCUGUGUCGCUGGUGUAAACAAUAAACAACUCAAGAUAAUCGACUUCAGGGACUCAAUUCGAGUCGUUAACACAACCCCAACAAAAUCAGUCUACAGUGUAGCAGUUAAUCCCCACAAUUGCUACCACCUGGUCUCCCACGUGGAGAAUCAAAUAACAAUCUGGGAUACGAGAUACUUCGAGAAACCAGUGCUCACACUUCCCCAGAGUAGAGGUGUCAUUAAAGUCCUCUGGUGUCCAACACGUCACAACCUCCUGGGGACAAUCCAGAAGGACUCAAAUGCCCUCUACCUCCAUGACAUUCAGCACUGUGGGAGCAGUGUCCCAGGGAAUGCCGACGCAGAGACCAAUGGAAUGGGAUCGAGUGGAGGUGGAAAUGUCGGAGUCAACAGCGAGGAGACAGAACCUGGGGCACUGGAGAGGACAGUAAUACCUCCCUGGAGCUCGUAUCCCACGAGCUUCUCCUGGCAUCCCAGUCAUGUCAACAGACUUCUAGCGAUUUCUCAUCAGGGGGUCAUCAAUGAUUACACCGUCUACGAGAGAAUCACCAUAAAUUGGUCAACAAGGUCACAUAUCGCCUGGAAUCAUGCCUCAAAAGCUAUCAAGUAUCUCAGCAGCUCUGACAGCAUCUACAGAGGAUUCGAUGACAUCUCGAUAUUAAUAAAGAAAAGAGCUUUCACGGAUUAUGGGCUUUUGCCUGAAUUGUCACAGAAUGGAGAACUUGCGGAGAACGAUCAGCUGAAGAACCUCUGGCACUGGCUGUGUCUCAGUCGUUCUCUCGUUGAGGACGAGGUGAUUCCAUCCGGAGAUAACAAACACCCGGGGGUCAGGACUGUCAUGAAAUUGGAUGGAUCCAACAGUUUCAUUAAAUCUGAAAUUAGCAACCGACCGUGGACUGACAUCGGCUCCACCAGUCACACAGCAAAAAUUUACAAAUCCCCAGAUAGAGACAAGGCACUUCAGCUCUGUGGGUGGAGAUUUGAGGUCCAGGGUAAGGAGUCUGUCUUCGAGGAGAAGAAUAAUUUGUUUAUCGAGAGGCUUGAGAGGGAGGGGAAUUACGCCAGGGCCACAGCAAUAUCUGUUUUUAAUCUGUGCUUGAGACAGGCUAUUGAGAUUUUGAACAGGGGUUCCAGCAAGAUCACAGGCUCGACGAAUCUUAAUAUCGUGGCGAUGGCCCUGUCUGGAUUCUCUGAGGACAGAAACAGCAUGUGGAGGGAAUUGUGUCUCAAGUCCAGGGCCCAGCUUACUGAUCCUUACUUGAGAGCAACAUUUGCUUUUCUCACAGCUGAUAAUGAGGGGUACGAAGCAGUUCUUAAUGAGAGUGGAGUUGCUGUUGAGGAUCGAGUGGCUUUUGCCCUCAUGUUCCUGUCGGACUCGAAGCUCGCGGAUUACCUAAAGAAAUUGACAGCCAAACUCACGGAGGAGGGGGAUUUGGCUGGGUUUCUACUGACUGGAGCAACUCUUGAUGGAAUUAUUCUUCUCAAUCGGUAUCUCCAGAUCACUGGUGAUGUGCAGAGCUGCAGUCUCAUUGCUAUCAGGGCCCUGUCCUCCAAAUUGCUACAGGAGAAUCAGGUGCAGGUGUGGAUUGAGAGUUACAAGGGCCUGUUGGAUGCCUGGAAGAUGUGGAAUCAGAGGGCACAUUUUGAUAUUGCCAUGAGGUCCUCGACGAAUGAUAAACCACCCCAACAGGUUUAUAUCUCCUGCAAUUUCUGUGGCAAGAGUAUUUCUGCUUUUAUGCAAGGGCUCAGUCGAGCGAGGGGACCGUUCGGUAGGCUGGGGAAUACCUCGAACAAAUUGAAGAUGUCUUCGUGCCCCAGCUGCAGGAAACCACUACCUCGGUGUGCUAUUUGUCUCAUGCAUAUGGGAACUGUCAGUGGAUUUCAGGCAGCUAUUGCUGGGGUUGGGGGGAUGUCCAGUAGAAAUGAUGAGGAUGGAAAACUCACGGAAUUUGGAAAUUGGUUCACCUGGUGUCAGACGUGCAGACAUGGGGGACAUACUGAUCACAUCACCCACUGGUUUGGACAGCACACUGAAUGCCCUGUUACCUCCUGCACGUGCAGAUGCUUUUCCCUGGAUGCGUCUCAUGUAAUCGGGGGAAAUACUCUGUGAAAAGGCUCUCGAGCUAUUUGUGAUAUGCCAUUUUCUCCAAGUCCUGAGAGAGAAACGAAACGAUAUUUAUAUGGAGUUUAAUCGUGUAAAUAAAGGAAAUAAUUUAAUUAUC